AUGGCCAGCAACGUGCUGCCGUUUGAGGCUCAAGCGGCAGUGAAACAGACGGCUGCGCUGGAACGAACAGCAGACGCCAUCACAGACACCAAAGCAGAGCUUGUAGCGCUUGAUCACAGACGACAGCAAACACGGGAAGCCCUUCGCGAAAUACGACAGGGCAACGGGCAACCGCUCAACCAAGGGUUUGAUCUCAAGCCCAUGGCAAAGCAAGACCUGCACAGCAUCGCUCCCCGUUGA